GUAAUUUUAUCAUUACACCUUUUAUUUUGUGGUUAUUUGUAUCAAAUUUAAUUAAACUAAAACUACAAACUAGGACUCGUAACUGGGCGGUCGGCACAACACUUGACCGGUGUCGGUCAGAAAUCACAACAUCGAUGAUAGGCUUAUUGUAGGCCCUACCCACAGUUUUUUCAUUAGGCCGCCUACUUGUAGGGUAGGCCUAAGCUUAGUUUAUACUACUGUUGAUAACACAAUUUGGGCCUUAGGACAAGUUGUUGCUUUUGGCAUGUUUAUGACAACAACGUAAAUCGACAACUGCCUAAUAAUAUUUACCCAGGCCUUACUGAAUAGUCCUAAGGAGUUGUAGCUCAUGAUGGAUAAGAGCAGGUUUUCACUUCUUCUUCUUGAUCCAAACGAAAUAUUUUUUGAAGAUUUGAGUGUAUAUUUUUACCAGUUUGAUCAAUAUAAUAGCACAGGAGAAAACUCUGGAAGGGAAAAUCUUGGCAGACUCAGAAUAUGCUCAAAAUCAUUGGUGUUUGAACCCAAAGAUGUUGUAAAGCCUUUAAUAAAAAUGAGAUUUGAAAAUUGUAUGUCAAUUGAAGAGUUGAAAGUGUCGGAAAAAGAAAGACUGACAUCCUCCCAUGUUAACAGUGGCAUAUGUGUGGAUUGCAAUCGCCACGUUGAAAUGUUGGAGGGUAACGUAAUAGCGCCCUACACUUUCAGAGACGUUAGGAAGAAAUUUAUUUUUAUUUUGAACUACGGCCACACAGAACAGUUCUUACGGCGAAUAGGCCAACUUCAUAGAGCGGCCAGCUUGCCUGCCUCGGAGCAGAACAACAUGUUGCAAGCUAUAGAGACAGCCAUGCAGGCAAGCAAGACGUUUGACCGGCUGUGGCUGCAGGACUUGUACGAACAAGUAGUGUUGGAGACAACAGCCAAUAAGAUCACUCCAUUGGUGGUGAAUCCUGGGAUGGUGCUUCUGUCGUCCGCGACGCUCUACUUCCAAUCUUACAACAACAUAGAACCGAAUAAUUUAUUGAAAAUAAACCUUCCAGAUAUACGGAGUGUUACAAAGAGAAGAUUUAUGCUUCAACAUGUGGGCUGCGAGGUAGAAUACCACACUCACAACGGGUUGCAAAACCUGUUCCUAAGCUUCAAGAAGCGAAGUGACCGAGAACAGUUUUACAGUUGUCUUCUCUCUCAGCCGAGCUUGAAACUGGCCGACCUGGACAGGGAAAGGAUGACUUUAUGUUGGCAAAACGGACUUCUAUCAAAUUAUGACUAUCUGCUCUACCUUAACAGUGAGGCAGACAGAACCUUCAAUGACCUGACCCAAUAUCCGGUGUUUCCCUGGGUGCUACAAGACUACACCUCUACCACAAUCAACCUGCUCAGUUUUCAUUCGUAUCGUGAUCUCUCCAAGCCUGUCGGUGCUCUCAACCCCAUUAAACUGCAAAGACUAAAGGAACGUUACGAGGAAAUGCCAGAAAACAAGUUCCUAUACGGAUCUCACUACUCGGCUCCUGGGUUUGUGUUGUUUUAUCUCACAAGGCUUUACCCUCACUACAUGUUGUGUCUGAACAACGGAACAUUCGACAAAGCUGACAGGAUGUUCAACAGUGUGGCAGACGUGUGGAGGAAUAUUUUGAAUAACAUGUCUGACUUCAAAGAAUUGGUUCCUGAAUUUUACGACCCAACCAACAACGGAGAUUUUCUUUGUAACAAGUUCGGGAUCAAUUUUGGCUACAGGUCUGACAAUACAAAGGUCGGCGACGUUGAACUUCCGCCGUGGGCUGAAGGGCCUAAAGACUUUGUUACGAAGAUGAGGGAAGCAUUAGAGUCUGAUUACGUCUCUAGGAAUCUUCACAACUGGAUUGAUCUAAUCUUCGGCUACAAGCAGACAGGAGACGAAGCAGCCAAGGCUGAUAACUUGUUCUGUGAUGUGUGCUAUGAAGGGGUCGUUGACCUCUGUGCUAUAUCUGACUACAACAAGAGACAUGCGCUGGAAGUUCAGAUCAUGGAGUUUGGCCAGAUACCGAAGCAGAUAUUUUUUCAACCGCACCCAAAAAGGACUACUUUCUGGGUGGAUCGACCCGUUACCAGUGUCAGUUGUGCUGAUCUGGUGAGGCGUCUGGUCCCAUCUUUGACCCUGGUAUCUCACAAGGACGCAGUAACUGCUGUGACCUUGACUCCUGAUAAGAAGCAGGCUGUGUCUGUCGGCCGAGACGGACUUUUGAAGAUCCACUCAGUCGAGGGUGGCAGACAGGAGCGCAGUGCGGCUUUAGCUGCGACACCUCUCUCAUCGUUGGUAGCCUUCCUGCCUACCUCCGUUAUUGUGGGAUCGUGGGACAGCAAUAUUAUCAUGUACGAUGUGGCGUGUGGCCGCGUGAUAGACACAAUGCUGGGUCAUGAGGAUGCGGUCACAUGUGUGUGUUGGGCUGCCGAGCGUCGUCUGCUGGUCACAGGCUCGUGGGACGGCUGGGUGCGGCUGUGGCAGACCGAGACCUUUCCUCCGUCAGAGCCAAUCAGACCAGCGUCCGACCUCGUCAGUCAGUUGGAUCACGACGGACGUGUCACUUGUCUAUGUGUCAACAGAACAAAUACACAGUUGGCUUCUGGCACUGAAGAUGGUGAAAUAUUCUUGUGGUCUUUGAUCACAUUCAUUGUAACACAGAAAAUAACAGAACACACAAACACUGUGAAUUGUAUCAAGUUUAGUCCUGAUGGCAAGAAGCUAGUGUCUUGUGGAGAUGACCAAACAUUUAGACUAUUUGACUUGACAUGUGGAGGAAUGCAAACAUUCUACAAAGAACUGGACGACCAACUCAAGUGUUUGGACUGGGAUGGUACAAUGUUGCUGCUUGGGAACAGCAAAGGUUGUGUUUACACCUGGGACUUGAUAUCCGUCACUCUAACACGUCAAGUCAAGGCUCAUGAAGGUGCUGUUCUAUGUUUGGCGCUAGCUGAAGAUGGAUCAAUUCUCCUCUCCGGGGGAGAAGAUAAAAAAAUUCUCAUUUGGAAACCAAAUGACGAUUCUGAUUCCACAAUCUGAACGUACACUUUAUAAGUAUUAUUGUUAAAAAGUUUAACAUUGUUAUUGGUCGUGAGGGAUCAAUUUUGUCAACACCACCUAUAAGUUAGUCCUUUUGGGCACAGUACCAAAAACUGGCUGAAACUUUAAUCAUAAAUUCAUUAAUUUGUAGAAAACAAAUGUACAUUGUGACAUGUAUGUAGGUGCAAUGUAAGAAGUGUUUUGUCCAUAGAGAUUCUGACUGAAACAUUUUUUAGAGUCUUUCAUGUCAUUUUACAAGUACCAUUUACAAUAAUAAUUUUAUGGACAAAUGUUCUAAACCUAUCUUAAGGCUGCAAGAUUCAUACAAUUUCUGUUUGGAUUCCACAACAACAGCAAUAUUGUUACACCGAGUGACAAAAACGUCUCCAGCCCCAAAAAAAUAUUUUGCUAAGAAAGUUACUGAGCAAUUAGCAUUUAACCCAUUAUUUGGUUAUACACUAUCUCCCUAGAGAGAUGACCCUGCUAGGAGGUAGAAAAAAAUCUUAAAUGUAAGCUUAGGUUGAUUUGCACUAAAAAUUAAAGGUUGUUAUAAGUGAGUUUAAUACUGCAAACUUGGACUCAAACGGACAACCUAGCCUAAAAUGGCAGCCGUUUAGAAUUUUUUGGAUAUGCAAUUGGUUACAAAACCACGUUGUUACUUGUAUGGGCAACAUUUUUAAAAAUUCAAGAAAUCCUAUAACCCCCUUAGGAGGAAUAAUGUGUUAAAUGGAUUUUUAUGCCCAGUAACUUUGUUCCAAGUUUGGUAGCUCUGACUUUAGUGACUUUAUUACUUUUCUAAAUAUUUAUACACCCCAAAACUUUUUUGCCACCCUAAAUAGUCCUGACUCAGCAAAUGAGACUGAUUAUUAGGAAAUUUCUGUUGAACUAUAUAGUACUGAUCAUCCUUUUGUCAAUUUCAACUGCCAAUAUAAGCAUAGCAAUAAGCGAGCAUAAACAAUUUCUUAAUCGGGACUGUCAAAAAAAAGAAGAUUUACCAAACAAACAUAUAAAAAAAACUAUUUGAAUAAUUUGCUUUGCAAUAUAUCAUCUCCUCAAAGAAAAAUCAAUUCACUUACUAACACCCUGUGCACAUGAGGACGUUAGACGCACACAUUGGCAAAAUGUGAAACCAUACACAAGACAGCGCUAGACACGGCGUUAGUUGAACCAACCAAUCCAUUACUUCAGUGCGACUAUGAAGCUAGAAGAGUUAACAUGUCUUUGGUUGUUAUAGAUUAACCAUGGUUUCAUUGGUUCUUUCCUUUGGUUCAAAGCUGUCCUUUUUUUCCUUAGUACUGUUUUCUUCUGAAAAUAUGACCACAAUCUACUGCCAAGCAGUCUUAUAAAGAACGAUUUUUUUUAGAAUCUGGACACUCCAAUCAUGGUCGAGAUACUUUUUGACUUUACCAAUAAACAAUUCUGUGUCAAUUGCUUCCAAGUGUAUUGUAUACCCAAUUCACACACAGAUCGCAAAACGGAAAGAUGAAUUCACGUAAGAACUGGCCAAAAACGCGAGCUCGACUGAUUAGUGAUCUCAUGUGUACAGCCAGUCUAGUAACUCGAGGCACACUGCAAACGUAACGGUUGAAGUGAAAACUACAAGCGUAUUGGUUCAAAGCGCACAUUUGCAUGUGAACGAUCCCAUUUGUUCCUAGGUACUUAGCUAACACGUGUUUGACAAACAAGGCGUCUAUCGCCCUCAUGUAUACAAGCCCUUAGAAGAAUUAAUUUGAAUAAUUAUCUAUUGUAGCAGUCCCGCUUUUCAUGCUUAAACACGAAGUGAGCUCUUUUGCCGAUACUUACACAAUUUUUACCUACAUUAGAUACUCUAUUCCCUGUGAAAAUAGCUGUUGUUUAAUGAUCACCUGUAACUAAAUGUUACAGGUAACUUAAUGUUAAAACUUUAAGUUCAUUUUGUAUCAUCGUAUCAGUUUGAACAUUUUGCCAUAAAACUUUCUAAAAUUAGCGGAAAACUAAAUUUUUAUUUAAUAAAAUAUCAUAAUCCCUGUAUGUAGUUGUAAAAUGAAACUUGACUGGAUGGUUCCUUAACUGCUUAGCCUACAAAUGAUGUAUCUUUUCAUUAUCUUUCCUUACUAAAUGCCAAACUGACGUUUGUUAUUCAAAAGCAAAACCCACUAAAGCCGGGUUUUCCUAGGCGCGGAGUCGGCGAGCGGAGAGAGGAACGCGGAUAGCGGACUCCACUUGUCUUAGGCAAUUUAAUGUUACUGUUUUCCUAGAAGCGGAGCGGAAUGCCAUGUUAAUUUCAAUUCCGCUCUCCGCGCCUAGGAAAACCCAGCUUUAGCAAGUAAACUUUAAAUCAUCUUCAAUCAUCGAUAUCCUUCCUUACAUUAAAGAAGCUAUUAGGCUCAGAGUGAUUAUAUACCUCCCUAAUUCCAGUCCGUUAUUCAUUUAGAGAAAGAGUAAGCUACCAUCCCAGUUUCAUUGUACAAAUACCCUUAGACGUCCAUGUACAAAAACACGAUUUAAGUUUUGAAAACAGUAAGUUAACGGCAUAAAAUUAUAAUCCAUUUAGGAUGUAAAAUCGUAAGUUAUUGUCUUAAUGAAUCGAUAAUGUAGUUUGUAAUCCUUACAGGUUUUAAGCCUGUUUUUAUAUUAUUCUAGAAUUGUGUUACAACAUUCUGUGUAAUAUCUUUGACUUUUUAUACUGCAGAUAAUAUAUGGAACUUAUCACAGAGUAUGUGUCAUUACAGUUCUGUUUUAUCUGUUGCUUUCUCAUACUAUAAUAGUUUAUGAGGACACAAAAGAUCCUCCAGUUUAACAUAAAUUUCCAUUUUUACUUUGGCAUGAAUUAGUGAUGUGUGGUCGCAAUUUUCAUCAGCUCGGUUUAUUUUUUAUUAGUUGUCGGUUUACGGUUAUUUUUGUUUACAAUAAAGUUACUACCCACGUUUUAGCCCUAGGUACUAAUAAUAUUUUUCUUUGUGUAAGGUUUAUUGUUAACAGUAGGAUUUUUGUUUAAAAGAUUAUUGCAGGUAAAAUCUUUUCUCUUAUAAAUGAUGGAAAAUGUAUGUAUUUAAUAGGCUACCUUAAACAAUACGAAUUUGUUUUAUUCCUUACACUUUUAUUCGCAUCACUCGUAAUGUCAUGAGUAGAUAAUUCAUGAUUGCUGCACUAUCCUGAAGAUUGAACAUCUACUGCAAUUGUGGAGACAUCAUUGUCAUCGUUUCCUACGAUCAUAGUAAAACUGUUGCAUCAAAAUUCACAACCAAAAACUGAAACCAACAUUUUCCAUUGAUUCUUGGUUUUGGUUUUCUUUGCUGAAAACCGGUAAAACUAACAAUUGAUUUUAUGAACCGACCCGUGUCUAUAAUGAAUGAAAAGUAGUUGUGUAAGAAUAAAUAGUAUUUCACUGUGGCGAACUGUGUCAAAGGUUCAGUUAUUGAACUAAUUUCUCUUUUAUUCCAAAAUUGGCCACAACUUAUUGCAGAAUUUAAUAUCUAAAGGUUGGUGUAUCUAAAGUCAAAGGUAAUAUGACUAUCAAUAUUAAGCUUUUUUAUGUUUAUUUGUAGCUAUAUAUAAAUAUCGUUUUUGGUAAAGGUGGCUUUAGUCCAAGGUUUUUAAGAAUGUUGUAAUUGAUAGGUUUAAUGGCAGGCUUACUACCAAAUAUAUAUGGAAAUGCACAACUAAACGCAAAAACACAUGGACUUUUCAGAGCUACUAUCUCCUUCUUUGGUAGUUGAGUCUUUGUUCUACUGCUGAAGACACUUCCAAUGGAAGAAGAAGACUCUAAUGGAAGAACAUAGAAAGACUACUACUAAAGACAGAGCUAGUAGCUACAAAAAGGCUACCUAUGUGUUAUGUGUUUAUUUGUGCAAUUACAUCUAUUUUCUAGGGAUAAAUAAUAAAAUAAAAAUAAAUAAAUAAAAACGUCUUUAUUAGCCAGCGUUUCUCUGAUACAUGUCAGUUUUUCAGAACAACUUUUGUCAUUAACCUAUUGCACUUACAACUAAACAUUCAUAUCUUUUAAAAACUUUUUAAUCUUAAUCUUAAAGGUA